AUGUCCAAUUUCCUGCCCGUACCUGCCAAACGUGCCCUUCCUCUGCCUUCCUUCUCGCAACAUCUCUUAAACUACAUCUCGACACAUUUUCGCGAUGCACAUCCUGAAGCCUUCAAGCGAGAUGUAGAAGCACUGGUGGCAAUGCGGAAAGAAUGGGUAGAAGCUAAAGCUGAGGGACAUCCAGAGAUCAUUAGGGGUCUGAUGAGAUAUCACGCCCAACUAAAUUUUCUAUCUACAAAAUUCCCUUCAGAUAUCUCACUACCAUUCACAUAUCAUCUUCCAUUUCCUCCUACCUAUUCUUUGUCCCCUGAUGCACCAAUAUCUCUCGCUUCGAUAACGUUCGAAAGAGCGAGUGUUUUAUUCAACAUUGCUGCGUUAUACGCCUCCAUGGCAGCGGCUGAAAGAAGAGCGGAAGCUGAUGGUAUCAAAAGAGCUCUUGGCUAUUUGACGGCUUCGGCUGGAAUACUUGAACACCUGGUCAAAAAUAUACUACUUACUUUACAAUCCGAAUUGUCUUCACCUCAUGCAGCCGGAUAUGAUAUGUCAGAGUCGUUCUUGGGCUCCCUGAGGGACUUCGUACUUGCCGAAGCGCAAGAAUGCUAUUGGCAGCAAGCUGUGUUACAGGGGACAUAUAAGAAUGGAUUGAUCGGCAAAUUGUCUAUGAAAGUCUCAGACUACUAUAAAUCAGCUUUGUCGUCGAUGAACGGCACAGAUUACCCUUCAUCUUCGUUCUUUCCACCUAACUGGAUAGCCCAUAUCACUGUGAAGCAAUCGCACUUUGAAGCUGCCGCUCAAUAUCGGCUGAGUCAAGAAGAUUUGGAGAAGAGCAGAUAUGGAGAAGAAAUUGCAAGAUUGAGGGUUGCUGAAGGGUUAGCUAAGAAAGGUUUAGAUGUCGGAAAGAAAGGUGUAGCAGACUCUGUUAUUUCGGAUCUAAAAAAUCUUCAGGCAGCUGUGAAAUCGUCUUUAGAACGAGCAGUCAGAGACAACGAUUUAGUAUACGUCACACCCAUCCCGCCUGCGAAUCAACUCACUCCUAUUGUCGGUGCAGGAAUGAUAAAGGUAGCGGUACCCGCAGAAGUCUUGGAUCCUAUUGCAUGGUUGAUGGGUGGUGGGGCCGGUAUGCCAGCUCUUUUCAGUGCCUUGGUGCCAUACGGUGUGCACCUUGCUUUGAGUAUAUACGAUGAUCGAAAGGACACAACUGUGAGAGAACUGGAUGGAAAGAGGGAGGAACUUGAUGGCGUAGCUGCUAGUACAUUGCAAUCGCUGAACUUACCUGGAUCGAUACAAGCCUUAGAACGACCUGUCGGUUUACCACCAUCAUUGCUGAAAAAGGCAGAAGAAGUAGACUCGGCUGGUGGAAUAGAUCGGAUCAGAGGUCUUUUGGGCGAAGUAUCGCGUUUAUCCAAGUCCAAUACGGAGUCUCUGAAUGAGGCAAUGGAUAUCCUUGAUCAAGAAGCUACAGAAAAUGAAUCACUGCUAUCACGACAACCCGAACUUCAGUCGAGUCGACCACCAUCUCACAUCGCUAAUCAGCCGCUGAUUGCCACCGCUCAACAGUAUGAUAAUACAAUAAGACAAGCAGCAGCAAGCGAUGGAACAGUGCGCCAGAAAUGGGAUGAAUGGGCUCAUCUAAUCGAGAUACUUGCUGACGGCGAGAGUUCCGUCAAUGACUACGUUCCUUCGACAUCCUCUUCAAGCAACGGAUAUUCAUCGCUCCCUCCUUCCGUUCGGCCUAUUCGAGCGUCACUCGAGGAUUUGGAUGAUCGAAUUUCACACCGAGCCAGACUAGUGAACGAAGCUAGAAACAUCGCAGCUGCGGAUGACAUCCGUCCUGCUGUUUUGACAGAAGCUACUCGUCUAGCUCAUGGUGGUACAGGAGAUGUGAAAACAGAAUGGUUUGAAGAUAUUUUUGGGAGGAGUCUGGAGAAGUAUGAUCGGAUCAAGGAGGAAAUGGAAGCUGAAGGCGGUAAACAGGACGCUUUACUAGAUCAAAUACGGAAACAAAACGAGUCUUUUAUCUCAGAACGUAAAGAGGAUCCAGUGGUGAAAGAACGGGAAAGAAAACUACAAGAUAUGGACUUGGCUUAUUGGAAAUGGAGGGAAAUAGUUGAUAACGCGGAAGAAGGUAUUAAAUUCUAUAAUUCGUUUGCGGAAAUGUUGAAUCAGUUUAAAGGGACCUGCACUCAAUUCCUGAACUCCAGAAGGGCAGAUGUUGGAUCAAUCACGAAACAAUUCCAAAACGUAUCGUUUAACGAGCCUCCUGCCCAACCUCAAACACAGCAUCGACAACAGUACUCUCCUGCUCCUGCUUCUCAACCUCAAGUGUCGUCUCCUCCACCUCGUGCACCAUCGCCACCAAGACAAUUCUUACCUCAUCCAAAUUCCAAUCAAUGGCAAUCUACUUCCGAUUUCUUACCGCCUCCGCCACCUCCACCUAUCCUUCGUUCGGGAGGUAUACAAACUCAACCUCGAUCUGCACCUCCGCCUCCAGCUGAUUCAACUCCUAGAAGAGUGACUAGGGCUUCGGCUGCAAGAGGCAAUAUUGGUGAUGCUGAAAAGAAUCCUUACAGUAAAGGUACUAGAAGAGGUGGUGGGGGCGUGAUCUAG